AAUGCCAUCCCGCUGGACAAUUGGUCGAUGCCGAACCAAAUGCUACAGCUGCCACGCCCACGCCGGUAUGUGUGUACACAUUGAGAAGUUCAGAUCGCACACCAAUUUCCUUUGUCGGGGAUCAUUUCGUUGCCCCCUACACCAUUUCAGGAGAGGGCGCAGUUUACGAUAUCCUGUCCAGAUGGCCUUGCUCAUGGACUCAGCGAACAAAACAUUAGACUCCACCAGAUCGUACAAGAACAUAAGCUACGAGAGGAAAUGCUAUUGCGGGAAAUACACGGAAUGCGACUGGCUUUGUUGGAAAAAGGUUACCCGAGCUGCAAUAGCAUCGUUUCGACAAAUAUGGAACAUAUCUUGUGGAGAAAUUUUUUGUGCUGACUGCUCGGAAUUUUGGGCGCCUUUGCCAAACGAAAGGCUUUUUAAUCCAGUUAGGCUAUGUGGAUCAUGCUACACGACCGUCACAACAAAUGUCCUCGAAUACCCUACCGUUCCUUCAGAAUCCCAGAUGAAGGGCGAAGCGACGACUUCUGCAAAUUCCUAAGAGCUUUUCCCAAUUUAUUUAAGACUUCUCU